GAAUUAUACUGUGUGUCUGUGUUUGAUUGAAGAAAAAUUGAAGAAAAUGACUACGUAUCAUCUAAAAGUGACGAGCGGUCUUUGUGCUGGAGCGGACUCAUGGAUCAAAACACAACCACCUCACCUUUGAUGUUAAGAGACACACACGAGGAAGGGUAACCGAGGACAGGAGGAUAACCAGACGAGGGAGGAGACGACGGAAUCAAACAGGAGACACAAUGGACCGCGGAAACGUGAACUGAUCAGAACAAAAUACUGUUACAGCCGGCCGGACUGUGUUGGGUAACUCAAUCUUGUGGACCAGUUCAACUGUCACCUCCCCCAGUCCCAGCACAUCGCUGCACACUGUAAACCACGGACAGUCCACCAUAUCCUCUGUGUCCCUGAGGCGACAUGGCCAAAGUAAAGAAAAAAACGAGCAAGACAUUCACCCUGAAGAUGGUCAUGAACUGCGUGGAGCACCGACUGGGCGGCAAACGGCACCUGAACCUCGGCUUCAAGGAGCUCUCCACGGUGCCCAACUGCAUCCAGAAGGUGUGCGACAUGCACGAGGUGAACCUGAGCAGGAACCUGAUCCGAAAGGUGCCGGAUUUCAUCGACCAUUUCGUCACCAUCAAGGUUCUGGAUCUGCACAGCAACUACUUGGAGACGCUCCCCGUGACCAUCGGCCGCCUCCAGAACCUGCAGGUCUUGAACCUGUGCAACAACCGUCUGACGGCUCUGCCCUGCGAGGUCGGCAUGCUGUGGAACCUCCACACGCUGUACCUCGGCCUCAACCACCUGGAGGCCCUCCCUGGCUCCAUCGUGUCCCUGAAAGAGCUCCGCCACAUCGACCUCUCCGACAACCGGUUCACCCGCGUCCCCUUCUGCCUCUCGAGGCUGAAGGAGCUGGAGACGGUCAACCUGGACCGGAACCCGAUCCUCCCCGAUCAGACGCAGAUCCUCGAGUAUGUUUUGCCGGAGGGGUUUCACCUGGUCAAAGCGAGACUCCUGUGCAAGAGCUGUCUGAAGAGGUGCCAGGAUCAGAAGGGGGCUGUGAAUCUCAGGUGGUAACUCGGCAAAACGGAAGUGGGCGCAGAGGUUGUUCCACUUUGCAAAACAGAAUUCAAAGGAGGCUGGUGUGAAAUUUAAAGCCAUUUAUCUCACCUCACCCAACACUCGAGCUCUUGGGAUGAUUUCAUAUUGUCCUGAGUUCCUUUAACUGACACCACAGCACCAUCUGCUGUUUUAACACUGACAGCACAGAAUACAUAUAAGAAGACAUAUAAGCACGGGACACAGUGGCUGUCUAUGUUAUUAAGAACUGUCUCUCAUGGAGCUGGUGUAGGGAUUGAAUGGAUUUCUGAAGAUCAACUGAGGAAUAUGGAAGCCUGUGACCUUUUUUUUUUAUAAUUCUUUACGUCUUAUACCUGCUCCUCACCUACAAACCCCCCAAUAAUCAAUAUAUCAUCAUAUCUUACAGAGCUCAUAGGUCCAUAUAAUCCCAAUAGCUCCCAGUUUGUGUCCUGGAGGCAGAAACACUCUCUACAUUGAGGAUAGACUUUAAAAAAAAUUCCCAUACAGAUCCGAUAUUAUUAUUAUUAGUAGUAGUAGUAGCAGUAGCAGUAGUAGUACAAGCAGUAGUAGUAGAAUUAACUGUCAUUGCAUCUAUAAGUAUCAGUACUGUUCAAUACUAUAAAAAUAAAAUUGAAUUGAAUUAAAAAAAAUAUAUAUUUGUAUGUCCUUGAAACUGAAUUAUACUGCAUGUGUUUGAUUGAACCCUUAAAGGAUAUAGUGAUAUAUGUCAUGUAGUACAUGUGGUACAUACAUGUAUUUAUUUUUUGCAUCUUUUUCUUUACCAUUAAAGGGAUAAGGUAGAUUCUUUAGAAAUUUUGCCUCCAAGUACAUUGAGGUAGUAUGGGACUGAUUAGUGUUUUGUUUGUGUAGUCCUGUUGCUUCACUUGCUUUUGUGAUCGUGUUUUCUGUGGUUGUCCUUGUGUCUAGGUUUUAAGUUAAGUUACCUUUGCACUUCCUUUUUUAUUUUUUUCAUUUUUUUAAUAUAUAUAUUUCGUCCUGUGCGUUCCCCUGUGCGUUUGUUCACUUUACUUUUCCCCAGUGGUUGUCUGCACCUGUUCCAAAUGUGUCUCACCUGUGUUCAAACAGCCCCGCCCACCUUGUGUCUAUUUAGUCUCUGUGCUUCCCUUUGUCUUUGUCAGUUCGUCUGAGAUUUUUCCUCAGUCUGUUCCUGUGAUUUUGGCCCCUAUAACCUGGAUUCCUGUUUGUUCCUUGUUUGCAACCUGGUCUGUUGAUUUUUGUUAUUCUUUACCGCCUGAGACUGUAAGUCUGUUUAUUUAAAUGGUUAUUUAAAUUGCA